AUGUUCCUAUUUUGUGAAAUUUGCUUCCGCCGGCCCCAGUCCACAGGAAAUCUUUUAAUUUCCUCCUGUCGACACCUGUUCUGUCGGCGUUGUGCCAAUAGUGUGACGAAUUGCAGUCUGUGUAAGCAACCCUGUCGAAUAAUUGAACUGCGGCAGGAUAAGCUGCCCGAACCGCUUAAAGAUUACUUCGCUUCGGGCACAGAUCUGCUAGCAAAAGCAGUGAAGGUAAUUAGUUUCCACCUGGACAAACAGGACGCAUUCAUCGCAAACAAGAUCGGGCUUCUGGAAAAGUACGAGGCAAAAAAGCUCAAGUUCCAAAAGCUAAAGGAACAUUAUGAAUCGCUUAAGAAAGCUAUCGACGAAGAAGUUGCGAUUAUGCGUAGAAUGCGCCAACAGCGCAAAUCCCCCGGGAUACUGAACAUCUCACCAGCAGGUCCAGUAUACGUCCGUUCUCAACCGGACUCGCUUCGGGUUUCCACCCUAAAGAAAGUGACUCCUACAUCAACGUUGAAACGUAGCAGAGCAUCCGGAUCGAAUAGCAGUACUAGCAGUGACUUGGGAUCCGGCGGCGGAACCCGCUUUGAUCCUUCCAAUUCUCAAGUUUCCAACGUAUCAUCAUCAAAACGGUUCACCCCAACGUCUAAAUCAGGAUCUUAUCAGUCGCCCAAAUUGGCUGGUAGUGCACGCGAAAGAAAACCAUUGGUCUCGCCAAUUGAAACCUUCAAGAAACCGACCGAUCUAGCCACAACAGCUAGGGCCGGAAUCUACCGGGAAGCGAUUCGGAACAUCAACGAUGCUAUGAAGCGUCUCAACCAACCCGUUUUGAAAGUCAGCAACCGUGGAAGCGAUAUCGAGCGGGCUCGCAAUGUUCUUUUUUGA